AUGUCAAGUCCAGACAGUAAAAAUGAUAUUGUAGAGCAUGUUGAUAUACUUUCAUCACCUUCUAAGCUGACCUAUAAUGUCAAUUCUAGGCCUUUUAUAGUCACAAAGAAGUCUAAUAAUCGUAGACAAGCAACAAGGAAGAGAAUGUCGAUAGAGCAGAUCAUUAGUCCUCAAAAAAAAUCAACUAGAAUAGACUUAGAACCAGUUAAUUUGAAGAGUAAUGAACAUGAAAUAUCACACGAUGAUAAAAGUUCUUCCAUUUUUGAAAACGAGAUUAAGAUAAAUGAAAUGUUGCAAUCAAAUGGCAGUAAGGAUACAAGUGAUGAUAACAUCAGUACUGCAUCAGGCAGAAGAACGAGGCGAAAGAAAGUAUUAUCGUAUAACUAUGAUGAAGGUGAUGAUAACAUUCAUAAUGAUAAAUCCAGUGGUGAUGAUGAAUCAUUUCAAUUGAAUGAAAGUGAAAAAGUGGUCGAAGAUGAAAAGGAGGAAUCGAGUUAUGUCGAUGAAAUAAAUGACCUGGAUAGUAGUACCAUAAACAUUAAGGAUGAGAAUGAAGCAUUAGGUGUUGACCUAAAACAAGAACCAGAACUUAAACAGGAAAUAAGGAAUAAUAAAAAGUAUUCAUAUAUCUCUUCAUUAAAGAAAGAAAUAUUGAAAAAUAUAGGCGAUGAUAAGAAAAAAAUGAAAGGUGAUUUAAAGCCAUUACAAUUAACUAAAAACUUCAAAAAUACGCCAUUGCCUGAUUCUAAUCAAUAUAAACCACCUAUGGAAAAAAUUAUCGGGUCAUUUUUUGAUACUUUUGAAGGUUAUUUUGAUCAAAGAAGAUCAGUCAGAUCAAGAGAUAAAUCAAAAAAUACAAUGGCAAAUUCAAAAACUGUUACAAGAGAAGAAUUUGUAGCAAUCACAAGCGCAUUUAAUAAUUCUUUGUUGAAGUCUUCUAGGAAUUAUUUAUUUAAGAAACAACGGAAUCUAUAUCCUCAAUAUUGGUUUGAAGUAUCACAAGGAUUCUCAUUGCUUUUUUAUGGAAUUGGAUCGAAACAUUCCUAUUUGGAAGAUUUUGUAUUUAAUUAUCUUUCUCCCGAAUUAGCAUAUGCGGCGAUAGCUAACAAUCCUCAUAAAAAAAUAACAACUGGUAUUCCAUGUAUCAUUAUAAAUGGUUAUAAUCCCAUCUGUAAUUAUAGAGAUGUAUCAAAAGAUAUUACAGAAGCAUUAUAUCCUGAUGAAUUAAAUCGUAACGAAUCCAAAUAUUGGGAUAACCAUGUCUUGUUGAAAUUGCAAAAGAUGGUCGAAUAUUACAAGACUCAACCUCAAGAUAUCAAAUUGAUUAUUUUAGUUCACAAUCUAGAUGGGCCUUCAACUAGAAAAGAUACUUUUCAAGUUAUGUUAAGUACUUUAGCUAGAAUUAGACAGGUAGCACUUGUGGCGUCUACGGAUAAUAUAAAUGCCCCAAUAUUAUGGGAUAAUAUGAAAGCACAAGAUUUCAAUUUUAUUUAUCAUGAUGUUACUAACUUUGAGCCUAGACAGAUCGAAUCAUCAUUCCAAGAUGUCAUGAAGUUAGGUAGUUCUGAUACCAAGAACACUUUAGAAGGUGCUAAAUAUGUAUUACAAUCUUUAACCAAGAAUUCAAAGAAAAUGUAUAAAUUAUUAUUAGAAACCCAGCUAACAAAUGUGGAACUUAAUAAUUUCAGUAAAUCAGCUAAACAAGGUCUAGCUGCUAUUGGGGUAGAAUUUAGAACGUUCUUAAGCGAAUGUUCAAAUCAAUUCAUCGCUUAUAAUGAAGUUUCAUUAAGAAGUAUGUUAACUGAGUUCAUUGAGCAUAAAAUGGCUACUAUUACAAAGGAUACUAGGGGUGCUGAAAAAAUAUGGAUUCCUUAUUCCUAUGUUGAGAUAAAAAAACUUCUUAAAGAAGUAUUGACGGAUAUAUAA